UCUUCACUGUCCUUAUCGACCGACUUUACGGAACGUUAACUUACAGGGCCGACCAGCUGAAGACACACCGAAAGGAUCCCGAACGCUACCACACUCAACCCCUGGUAUGUACGAUAAGAAGUAACGGCGUUGCAUCACGGAAAUCGCUUUCCUCGGUAAAUGCUUCGCAGUAAGCUAGCUGUUACACCCGGCCGAACCUGAUACUGAUGCAGUGUCCAGGCUGCAGAUCUAAAUCCAGUCUCCCACUUGCCUACAAACACUAACACCUCAUCAAUCUCGGGCUGCAUCGGCCAACAGCAUGAUCAAACAUCAAGACCUGGCAUGCGACCGAUGCCACGCGCUGAAAGAGAGAUGCACUUUCCGGAGCAAACGCGUCCCCGCGGCCUGUUCGCGGUGCGAAAGACUCGGCACCCAAUGCACUACCUCGAGGCAGAAGACCAAAGGCGGACGACCGCGCAAGACCGAGACGGCUUCCUCGGAGCCCCGGGCCGGCACCGAGUUUGUGUGGUUUGGCUGUCCACCACCGGAUAGUAGCAGCAGUGACGAUGCUGUCCUGGCAUUAUUACCGCCAACACCGACCUCCAACCCCCUCCUGCCAGUAUUUCCGGGCGGCUCAACCCGCUUGACCCGGCGCGAAUGCCUCCUCCUUCAAGCCUACUUGACCAACCGCCGGCUCAUCGCUCGUUUCCUGCUAUCCCCCUCCGCCGCAGACGGUGUGCUCGCCCACCUGUACACAACACUCCACGCGGCGCCGGACACGCUGCUGCACGUCCUACUGGCAUGCGCCAAGCGCUUUGCGCGAGACCAGGCUAGCCAGGCAGAGGAGAAGAAAAAGAAAAAGAAGAGGACAGCACCACUUCCAAGCGAGGAUCAUCCUCAUGCAAAUGACACCUGCACCAAACACACUGAACUCAUCGGAGCUUGUUGUUGUUGUUGUUGUUGUUGUUGCUGUCAUAGCCACGGUGCCAAGGCGGUGAUGACCCUCAGAAGAAUGGAGAGCGAGUUGGUCGCGAACGGUGCGGGAGGGUUGGGGGACCAGCAGGCGGUGCUUGCGCUGACCCUUGGGUUGGGCUUGGUCACCUUCGAUUUGCUGGAUUCGGGGCGGUGGGCACAUGAGGUGUGCCGGUUCACGCUUGGCUUGGUGGAACGCGGCUACAACAGCAACAACAACAACACACGCCGUCGCCGUGGUGGGGAAAAGAAGGAGGAGGAGGAGGAGGAGGAGGAGGAGUGGGUAUGGAGACAUCGGACCGGCAGGGUGCCCGAGGUGGAUGCGUGGUUGAUGCCGUUGGUGUGGAUGGAUGUGGUCAACUGUCUCGUGCUAGGACAGGUGCCCGUUUGCCGGCUUGAGGUGAGCACAGAGGCGAGUCGGGGUGUGGAUAAGUAUGUCGGGGUAUGUGGCGAGCUACUCGCGCCGCUAUAUGAUCUCUGCCGGCUGCGCCACGAGCUUCGGACGUUAGGGAGCCAGUGCCAGGGCCAUGCUGCAACAGCCAGGGCGACAUUACUGCGAGAGCUGGAGAACAUUGAAGACACGGUGGUCAAGUGGGAUCCGCGAGCGCCGGAGCACUUUUCCCUCGCCUCAACGCCAGACGAGCUCCAGGCUAUCGAGACACAAGCGAAAAUCUUCCGGGCCGCGACGUUGCUGGUCAUACAUCGGCUACGCUAUGGUUUUGGUUUGCGGGACGAAGAAUCCAGGCAGCUCCGCCAGGCAAUCCUCACAGACAUCGAUACCCUCUGUCUCGGAAUAUCGCCGGGGCGCAGUCGGGCAGAAGACAACGGCCCUCCGCUGGACUACCGACUGAGCCUCCCGUUCUUCAUUGCCGCAAUCGAAGUGCAGGAUCCGGGCAGGAGGAUCCAUAUAUUAGACAUGCUGCCACGCAUUAUGUGUCAAACUAUAUACCCCGAGGUCAGCGAGCGUCUGAGGCAAGCUCUGGUCCUUUCCUGGGAGGUCUGGGAUCGGCGUUGCGACCUGAACUGCUUUGAGCUCCUACCGCCGGGAACACCACCACCUCUCCUGAUCUAAGGGUCUGUUACUAUCAACAUUGCCCGUGUCCUCCUGGCUGGGGAGGAUGCUGUUGAUGUUGCUGUUGGUUGUGGCAGGUGCCGUCGCAGCCGAAGUUGUCGAACUAUAGCGAAACUCAAAUACUCCGAGCAACACUCCAGGCCUUUGUGAGGAGGGUGUCAAAGCCAUGGCAGUACCUAGGUAUGG